AUGUCAGGCACAAGUAUGUUCUACAUGUCAAGCAUGAUAAAAAAGUUAUUCAUCGAACGGCCGUUCGAAGUGGACAAUGAUGUGGAAAUAACCUUUGGAGACAUCUGUCUCAUCGACGAUUAUUGGGUGUACGUGAAUAACGUUUUCUUGAGCGGUAUCUACGCUGAUGUCGGAAGGUGUGAUAAAGAUGCCAGAACCAAUAUGGAGUAUCAAAAGUUUACUGUUCUAAAGGAAAAUUUAUUGAUGGGACCACCAAGACUCAAACAACUGAAAGUGCGUAACGAUUCGUGCAUUAUCGAUGAAAUCUUUAAGCGAAAUUUUCGCGAAUGCUAUGGCUCAUAUCAACAUUCACUUGAAGACACUCUCCCAUUCGGGCCGAACAAUGGAACUCCGUGGACAUAUCACACUUCCGAAGAAUUAAAAGACAUGUUUCUGUACGGCAACUUACACAUCUAUGCUGGUGGUGGUUAUUAUUUAGACAUCUCGGCUGAUUCAUGCAAAAGCGAAAGCCAGAUAAAAGAGUUGCAGGACGGAGGGUGGAUCACUCGAGGUACUAGAUUGGUGUUACUGGAAUUUUCAUUGUUUAACACCAACCAAAACCUCUUCUGUAUUGUUAAACUGAUUGCAGAGAUUCCAGCCACUGGCGGUAUUAAAACAUCAUUCUCAAUUCGAACGUUGAAGCUGUUGACUUUUGUCAAUUCACAGAACUAUUUUCUGAUGAUUUGUGAAAUCACUUUUUUAAUUAUGGUUUGUUGGUACACCAUGGUCGAGAUACUCGAAUUGUACAGUGAGUCUUGGUCAUAUUUCAAAUCAGUGUGGAAUAUCGUUGAUAUGUUAAUAAUAUUGAUAUCCUUCGGUUCAUUUGCAUUUUCAGUAUAUCGACUAAAAUAUAUUGAACAUAAGUUCGAUGAGUACAUGAAAUUCCCGAAUAAAUACAUAAGCCUCGAUGUCUUAGCUUUCUGCGAAGAGCAAUACAAUAAUUUUAUUGCGAUCUGUGUUUUUCUGGUGUGGAUCAAAAUAUUCAAGUACGUCAGUUUCAACAAAACAAUGCAGCAGUUCUGCACAACAUUGAAACGGUGUGCUACAGAUCUCUUAGGAUUUGGUUUUAUGUUCUUUGUGGCAUUCAUUGCAUACGCUCAGCUUGGCUAUAUAUUAUUCGGAACGGAAAAUGAAAAUUUCCGAACUUUUCGAGAUUCAUUGUUCACAUUGCUGCGAACGAUUUUGGGCGAUUUUGACUAUUUGGCUAUUGAACAGGCUAAUCGAAUUCUUGGGCCGAUAUUCUUUAUCACCUACAUUUUCAUCAUGUUUUUCGUUUUGCUGAAUAUGUUUUUGGCAAUCAUAAACGACACAUAUUCGGAAGUGAAAAGCGAAAACGUUUCCAGCGACAUUCAAAUUGGGUCCUACAUUAAGGCGAAGUGUAAUCGAUUUGUGGAACAUUUAGCGGCUUGCAUGCCAUUCCUAAAGAAAACCAGGAAUAAAAUGCAUGAAAAGCGUCGAAAAAAGGAAACUGUCGAUGGUAGUGACGGAGAAACAAAUGAUCUAGAUAAGACGAGUGUACUCUUUGAAGACGUUUUUCGAUGCAUUGACGACGAUACUUUGACGGCCCUAUUUAACGGACUAAACGAAAGAAUUACAUCGCUGGAAGAUGCAAUGGUACAAAUGGCCGACAAAUUUGAUCGGUUGUUGGAGGUUUGUAAAACCAGCAAAAAAUAGAUUUGUACGGAACAACGAUCAGACCCUGAAUUACAUUUAGAAUUCAAAAGAUUUUUGUCAACAAAA